UCCUCUCCCGAGUAGAUAGAGAGAGAGUCAGUCAACUCAUCUACUGUAAGGUCUCAUACUGCAGCAGCGAUGGAGAUUCAGCUGAGCCGGACCGCCGGUUCCCCGUCUCCUUCCUCAUCGGACCACCAGAACUCAAACCCUAACCAGAAUGGAAACCCUAAUCCGAUGCAGUCAUGGUGGGAAGCCAUCUCCAAGGCCCGAUCACGCAUUGAAGCCCUCUCUUCCAUCCUCCCUUCCUCUACAUCCCUCUCCUCCCUUGCCGACUCAGAUCGCCCUGCUCGAUCCCUCCUCGAAUCCCUUGAAGCCUACAUGGCGAUCUCCUCCUCUCUCUCCGAUCCCUUGUCCGGUUCCGGUGACGAUCCUCUCUGUCAAUGGCUCUACGAGACUUUCCAGUCCUCCGAUCCCGACCUUCGCCUCGUCGUCCUGUCCUUCAUUCCUCUCGUUGCCGGCAUCUACCUUUCUCGCGUUGUCUCUACUUCUGCCGACAACUCAACCCGUUCCUUUGCUGGCUUCGAAGCUGUUCUCUUGGCUCUUUACGCUUCUGAAACAAAAGCUCGCGGCGGAAAACCUAUCUUGAUCACAAUUCCGGAUCUUUCGCAGCCAUCUCUGUACCACGCACCACGCAACCAGCCUGUUCAUCGGGUUGCCGUCCAACCUCAGCCGUCCGUUGGGGUUCUCUGUCCACCGCUCGAGCCGCAAAUGGCCGUUAAGUCGACGAAACGUGCUUCUAUCGUUGCUAUCGCGCUUGAAUGCUAUUUCAAGCAAAUUCCUCAGAUGCCUAGCUGGUCCAAAGUCGAUUUAUGUCAUUUCGUCGCUGGGUGGGCCGGGCAGAAUUGUUCUUGCAAGACCGAACUUGACGGCAAUUCCGAAGGCGAUGGCGGCGAUGCGAAUGAGAAUUUUGUGGAGGUUAGGAUUGCAGACGAGGAGUACGAGGAGGAAAAUGACGAGAUUCGGGUUAAUGUCCAAGGGAUGAACAGAUUGGCGAUUGGAGAAGAUUGUAAUGAAAUUGGGGUUUUCAGAGGGUCAAGAAUUCCGCUACCUUGGGAGCUUUUGCAGCCGGUUUUGAGAAUUCUUGGGCAUUGCCUCUUGGCGCCUCUGAAUUUGCAAGAUGUUAGGGACGCAGCCUCGGUUGCGGUGAGGUGUUUGUAUGCUAGGGCAUCACAUGAUCUGGUCCCGCAGGGAAUCUUGGCCACACGGAGCCUCAUUCAGCUUGACAAUAGGACGCGCUUUGCUGCCAAGGAAGCAGCUGCUGCCAACUCUGCUUCGAAUGCAAACACACCAAGCAAAGCAAAGAAACCGGAGAUCCUUUUGGUUUCAAAAUGAAUGGUCAGUAGACAGUCCCUUGGCAAUUACCGGUGCUGGUUUGACCCUUCCUGUCCUGUAUAGUCUAUCUGCGGCAUCUCCUUAGAAUCACUGAGACGAUCAACAUGUGUCAACUAUUGUAAGAUUUCUCUCUUGUAAUGAAAUGGGAUUUUUUUUUUCCUAACCUUUGGUUAGGUUAUAGAUAUAGUCAUUGUUAAAGGUCUGUUUUUCAAGUUUUGAUUGAUGUUAGUAGUUGGUGUCUUCUGGUAUUUCUUUCUUAAAGUUGUGUGGGUUAUGAUUGCGUCUUAUGCAUAAUGAGUUUGAUCA